ACAUCAUGUUGUGCCUGGAGACCUUCGGUCGUCAGGUGCAUGGCUAAUAAUUGAUAGAUGUGUAGAGGCAGCGUGUGGUGGGUUCACAGCUGGCUGGCUGCACUCCACAGCCCACUGCUUAGUCACCAAAGCCUCCAAGCAUGGUUAAAUAACGAUAAGAGUUAAAAACUGGACAUCAGAGGCCAGUAUUGACAGGCACCAUGAGCGGUCUUCUGCUCGCCCUUUUGACAUUUCUGGCCUUCACCUCUGCUGCCGCAAAGCCCAACGCUGGGUUAAAAACGUGGGGACGUUUCAGAAAGCUGCCUUAUCCUGGAGAUAAGGCGUUCCUCUAUGAUACCUUCCCCGAUGACUUCAUAUGGGCCGUGGGCACCGCUGCGUACCAGGUGGAGGGCGCGUUUGAGAAGGACGGCAAGGGGCUCUCUAUUUGGGACACUUUUACGCGCGGUGGGAACCGGAUGGCCACCGGGGACGUUGGCAGCGACAGCUAUCACAACAGCCAAGCCGACAUCAGAGCCAUCGGGCAGCUCGGGGUCAGCCACUACAGGUUCUCCCUGUCCUGGUCCAGGAUAUUUCCCAACGGCACCCGCGGGAGCCACAACGAGAUGGGCACCAACUACUACCGGGACCUCAUCAAGAAGCUGAAGGAUAUCCGCGUGCAGCCGGUGGUCACGCUCUACCACUGGGACCUGCCCGACCACCUGCAGCAGACCCUCGGCGGCUGGAGCAAUCCGGAGAUGGUUGGGAUUUUUAAAGACUACGCAGAUUUCUGUUUCCAGACUUUCGGGGAUGAUGUGAAGUACUGGAUCACCAUUGACAACCCGUUUGUGGUGGCGCUGCACGGGUAUGGCACCGGAGUGGUCGCUCCCGGGAUAAAAAACGACCCUGAUCUCCCGUUCCGGGUCGGACAUAUUCUCCUUAAAGCUCAUGCCGCUGUGUGGCACCUCUACGACCGGCUCUACCGCCCCCGUCAGCAGGGCCAACUCUCCAUGGCUCUGGCCUCUCACUGGAUCAAGCCCAGCCGCACUCGCCUGGAGAGCCUCAGAGAGUGUCAGUGCUCCCUGGAUCACGUCCUGGGCUGGUUCGCCCGGCCCCUGUUCACAGACGGAGACUACCCCCCCUGCAUGAAGGAGAGGCUGGGUUCCCGGCUGCCCUCCUUCACCCCCGAGGAGAGGGCGCAGGUGAACGGGACAGCGGACUUCUUCGCCCUCUCUCACGGAGCGGCCCUCAGCUUCCAGCUCGUCAACGACAGCCUGAAGUUUGGGCAGCAGGAGGAACUGGACCUGAGGAUGCUGCUCUACUGGAUCAACGCGGAGUACGACAAGCCGCCCGUCUUCGUGGUGCAGAGCGGUUGGUCCGUUCUUGGCAAUACUAAGACGGAAGACCCAAAACACAUGUACUACCUCAAGAGGUUCAUCGCAGAGGCACUCAAAUCGAUCAUCAUAGACGGAGUGAAUGUGAUUGGAUACACAGCCUGGUCUCUGAUAGACGGCUUUGAGUGGCACAGGGAAUAUGGCAUACGACGGGGACUUUACUAUGUUGACUUCAACACUCUUGACAUGAAAAGGGAGCCAAAGACAUCUGCCACCUUUUACAGAAACAUCAUCCAGAGGAACGGUUUCCCAGAGCUCCCAGAGAACAGACCAGCACAGGGAAUAUUUCCAUGUGAUUUUGCCUGGGGGGUGUCUGCCAACUCCAUACAGGUGGAGACCACGCCCAGCCAGUUCUCAGACCCCAGUGUUUACUUGUGGAACAUCUCCAACAAUGGAGAGCUAAUAAGGCUGGAGGGCAUCACAGCCCCCCCUUUGCGCCGAACCACACACUGUGCAGAUUACGCCACCAUCCGUCAACAGGUUGAUGAAAUCCGGCAGGUGGGGGUGAACCACUUCCACUUCUCCCUCAACUGGUCAGCCGUGGUGCCUUCAGGUGACGUGGCUCAUCCCAACAGCACCCUGCUGGGCUACUACCGCUGCUUCACUCGCCAGCUGCUGCAGGCCAACGUCACGCCCGUGGUCACUCUGUGGCACCACACCCGGCAGCGCAGCAGCCUGCCCCCCCCGCUGGACACCGCCAACAAGUGGCUCAACAGGGAGACUCCAGAGGCGUUUGCAGACUAUGCCAGACUCUGUUACAGAGAACUAGGGGCCCAUGUGAAGAUGUGGAUCACCCUGAAUGAGCCCAACGAUGAGAUGGUGGGCUACCAGGAGGGACAUCAGAUGCUGCGGGCGCACGCUCUGGCCUGGCACGCAUACGACCGCGAGUUCAGACACUCCCAGGGAGGAAAGGUGUCUCUAAAUCUGCACAUGGACUGGGUGGAGCCGGCGUUUUCCUUCAGCCGUGAAGACGUGGAGCCAGCUAAAAGGGUUUUAGAUUUCCGCGUCGGCUGGUUUGCAGAGCCGAUCUUUGGCAGUGGAGACUAUCCUGUGGGAAUGAGGAGCUGGCUGCGUCAGCUCAACUCUCUUGAACUGCCAGUGUUCAAUGAGGAGGACAGACAGCUGGUCAAAGGGACAUAUGACUUCUUUGCCAUCAGUCACUUCAGUACCGAGUUGGUGACGCAUGCCAAGGAAGACUCCUACACCUACAGAGCCAUGCUGGAGGUCCAGCACAUGAUCGACACCACAUGGAUCAUGUCCCCGAGGCCUGUGGUGCCCUGGGGCCUGAGGAAAGCCCUCAACUGGGUGAGGGAGCACUACUGUGAUGUCCCUGUCUAUGUGAUGGCUAACGGGGUCCAGGAGGACCCGGCCCGCUUCAAAGACAGUCUGAGAGUCUACUACCUGUACAACUACAUCAACGAGGCCCUGAAAGGUGAGACCACAAACACACACAUCUGCUGUGGAGCUUUCUUUAUAUUAAUGCAUUGCUCUCAAGAGCAGCAUGUUGUUAUCACUGCAUUAGUACACUGCGUGAUCAAUCCUUUGGCGGGGAUUGAAGUUUUCCCCCUUGGCCUCUGUAUGGCUUAAUUAUUA